AUGGAGGUGCGGGGCGGCGGCGGCCGGAGCGGAACCCCGGAGGGACCGUUGCGUUUUGAGUGCCCGGAGGAGUACGCUGCCAGCCCGUUUGCCCCUGGGCCGCCCCUCAGCCCUGAGUCGCUCCGGAGCCCCUCAAAGCAGCUGGUGCUGAUCAGAGCCCCCGCUAACUUCAGCCCUGAGAGCCUCGAAGGCCACGCCGUGCCCCUCGUGGGCUUCCAGAUUCUGAAGGCGCCGCAGUCGGACGGGACCCAGAAGGUCUACCACGUCCAAGCGACUCCAGGGGAACGGGGCAGCAGCGCCCGCCUGCUCGUCCCGUCGGGACGCCUGGACCUCCUCACCUGUGCACCCCCUUUCAGCAGCUCCCUGACUUUUUGUGAGAGGUAUGGGGACCCCAGUGCCAACCAGCCCCUCUUCCCCGUGGCAGCCAGACCGGCCCCCCAGAUCCCCAAAGGACUCAAGCAGCGCUUCCUGCCUUUUGGGGGCUGUCCGAAGCGGCCCCCUCCCAUGCAGGAAGCCGCCGAGGAGCCCCCCCGGAAGAAGAGGAAAAAGAAGCGGACCCUCGAGAGGGCGGGCGACCCCCAGGAACACCCCCUGGUGAAGCAAGAGGAGUCCCGGGAGAGUGGAGGUCCGGAGGAAAUUUCUGAAGGGCUGGUGGCGCAGGUGGAGGUAGCCCCUGAGGAAGGAGCUGGGGAGGAGGGACGCAGGAGGAAGAAGAGGAAGAAGGAGAAGAGGAAAGAAGAGGAGGAAGAGAUGGUGGUGGCAACCUCCGAGGCUGAGCCCGGUUCCCACACGGGGGGUAACGGCAGCCCCGAGGCAGGGGGCAAGGCUCCACACAAGCAUAAGAAGAAACGGAAGCAUGAAGAGGAGGCAGCUGCCUUGUUGGGCCCUGCCUGCCUCAAGACCGAGCCGGGGAUGGAGCCGAGCAGCCUGGGGGGCAGCCCCCAGGCCUGCCUGGCACAAGUCAAAGAGGAGCCUGAGUUGGGGCCCCCCAAGAAGAAAAAGAAGAAGAGGGAGAAAGCCGAGGAGGGACGGGGGACGGUGUCGCUGGAGCCCGGCUCUGUGAAGCAGGAGCUGGGGGGUUGGCGUGAGCUGGAAGCCCCCUCCGAGCCACCCGGAGGAGGAGGAGGGGGGCAGUGGCAGGGGGAGUCCUCUGAGCUCAGAGCGGAGGAGCUCAGCCAGAAGAAGCACAAGAAGAAAAAGAAGAAGCAGAAGAGGGAGGAGGAGCCAGUCAAGGAGGAGCCGAUGAGCGAGCAAGAAUGAAAAGCUGCACCCCAGCUGAGGUCUGGGAUACCUUGGGGGGGACGGGGACGGACAAAAACUCCUGCCUUUUCUGAGAACAAUGUCCCCCUCCCCUCCACGAACUCUACGCAGCUUGUCCAGUUGCUGCAGGCGACGGAGAUGUGAAGGGGUCCCUGGUUUGGUUGGGGUGGGGGCGCAGCUGCUCAGAUCCUUGCUCAUUUUCUGUCUCUGGAUUAGAUAAGAACCUAGGAGCUGUGAAGCAGGAACCAAACUUUUUCAGCAGAGCCGCUCCCUCUGCCCAAGAAGAAUAAGGGAGAAUCUUGGGGGGGGGGGAGUGUUUGCCACACAGCGGUGUUUUAUUGCAAAGUGGGUGGGGAAGAAGAGAAAUAUUUUUGGCUGCUAGAAAAAUAAAAGGUUUUGUUCCCCUUC